AUGGCAAGAGAUUUACAAAACAAUUUACUAUUUGAAACUGCUACUGAGGUGGCUAAUAGAGUGGGCGGUAUCUACUCCGUAUUGAAAUCAAAAGCUCCCAUAACAGCUGCAGAGUAUAAACAGAAUUAUACACUCUUGGGUCCCUUAAAUAAGGCUACUUAUCAAAAUGAGGUUGAAUCAGUGGAUUAUAAUACUGAUCUAACCGGUGAAUUGGAACCCAUCAAAAAUUCUUUAAAUGCGAUGAGAUCAAGAGGUGUUAAUUUUAUUUACGGUAAUUGGCUUAUUGAAGGCUCACCUCGUGUCAUAUUAUUUGAUUUAGACUCUGUAAGAGGGUAUUUAAAUGAAUGGAAAGGUGACCUUUGGUCACUUGUGGGCAUACCCUCUCCGGAAAAUGAUUUUGAAACAAAUGAUGCCAUUCUUUUAGGCUAUACCAUUGCAUGGUUUUUAGGUGAGUUAACUUCAAUGGAUCAUCAACAUGCUAUCAUUGCUCAUUUCCAUGAAUGGUUAGCAGGUGUUGCAUUACCUCUUUGUAGAAAGAGAAGAAUUGACGUGGUUACAAUUUUUACUACACAUGCUACCUUGUUGGGUAGAUAUCUUUGUGCAUCUGGUGAUACCGAUUUUUACAAUAAUUUGGAACAUUUUGAUGUCGAUCAAGAAGCUGGUAAGAGAGGUAUCUACCAUAGAUAUUGUAUAGAAAGAGCCGCUGUUCAUUGUGCAGAUGUCUUUACGACGGUAUCACAAAUUACUGCUCUGGAAGCCGAACAUUUAUUAAAGAGGAAACCAGAUGGUAUUUUACCAAAUGGGCUAAACGUCGUUAAAUUUCAAGCAGUUCAUGAAUUUCAAAAUUUGCAUGCUAUAAAGAAAGAAAAAAUUAAUGAUUUCAUAAGAGGCCAUUUCCAUGGUAGUUUUGAUUUUGAUCUAGAUAAUACCCUAUAUUUUUUCAUUGCUGGGAGAUAUGAAUACAAGAAUAAAGGUGUUGAUAUGUUUUUAGAAGCAUUGGCUCGAUUAAACUAUAGAUUAAAGGUAAGCGGUUCCAAAAAAACUGUUGUUGCAUUUAUCAUUAUGCCUGCAAAGACUAACUCUUUUACAGUAGAGGCAUUGAGAGGUCAGGCAGUCGUUAAAGCUUUAGAGACAACUGUAAAUGAAGUCACAAAAUCGAUUGGUAGAAGAAUCUUCGAUCAUGCAAUGAGAUUCCCACAUAAUGGAGCUAACACAGAAAUGCCAACUAACUUGGAUGAAUUAUUAAAACCAUCAGAUAAAGUUUUACUAAAGAAAAGAGUUUUGGGUUUAAGAAGACCAUCGGGACAACUACCUCCAGUGGUAACACACAACAUGUGUGAUGACGCUCAUGAUUUAAUUUUGAACCAAAUUAGACACGUACAAUUAUUCAAUCAUUCGUAUGACCCAGUUAAAGUUAUAUUUCAUCCAGAAUUCUUGAAUGCUAAUAAUCCAAUUUUAGGUCUCGAUUAUGAUGAAUUUGUUCGUGGAUGUCAUUUAGGUGUUUUCCCAUCAUAUUACGAACCAUGGGGUUAUACUCCAGCAGAAUGUACGGUAAUGGGUGUUCCUUCAAUCACGACCAAUUUAUCUGGGUUUGGUGCAUACAUGGAGGAUUUAAUUGAAACGAAUCAAGCUAAAGAUUAUGGGAUUUAUAUUGUUGAUAGAAGAUUCAAGAAUCCAAAUGAAUCUGUUGAACAACUAGUGGAUUAUAUGGAAGAGUUCGUUAAGAAGACGAGAAGACAAAGAAUAAACCAAAGAAAUAGAACAGAAAGACUAUCAGAUUUAUUGGAUUGGAAGCGGAUGGGUUUAGAAUAUGUCAAAGCUAGACAAUUGGCAUUAAGAAGAGGAUAUCCCGGUUUGUUUAAGCAAUUGGUCGGUGAAGAAUUGAAUGACAAAGAUAUGGAUACCUUAGCAGGAGGCAAGAAAUUGAAAAUUGCAAGACCUUUGAGUGUUCCUGGCUCUCCGAGGGAUUUAAGAGCUGUCAGCGUCAGUAGUGCGGUAUACAUGACGCCGGGGGAUAUCGGCACUCUGCAAGAAGCCAAUGGCGCAGACGACUAUUUCAAUUUGGCUAAAGAUGAUGCUGAAGAGGGGCCAUAUGCUGAUGAUAACAAUUAG